AAUUACAGUAAUCAGAAUCCUUAGUAAUCAAAAUGUAAUCCUAAGUGCCCAACUCGGAUUUAGCCCAUAGCAAGAGCUAUAAUAUUUACACAUCAAAAACUCUGUACCUAAACUAAAUUGAUUUACUGUAUGUAUGCAUGUUUUGUUUCAAAUUACAGCCAUUGAGUCCAAACCACCAGAAAUGCAGAAAGCUAUUGAUAUACUCAAAAAGUCUUCUAUUGAAAAAGUGAACCCUAAUUCAGUACGUGGCACUAAAGAAGGUAAGAGGCGUGCUAUAGUAGGACUUCAAGAACUAAAUGAACCCAAGCGCUCAAAAAUUGAAGAAUCAUCAAAUAUAGACAUUACUAAUAUCUUGGAAAAUUAUUCAGUCCAUAAGGACCUGAUAGAUGCCCGUCGAAAGGAAGACGAAGACAAAUAUUUUAGAAAACUAGAAAUGAAAGAAGCAAUGGAAGAAAAAAUGCUUAAAACGUAUAAAAUGCCCUGUAAAGCAGUCAUAUGUAAAAUUUGCUCAAGCUAAGAAUUGUAUGGAUAUUUUCAACACAGGAGGCAAGGAAAUAUAUCCCCAUUGCUUGGGGAACUCAGUUAACCGUUGCUUAAACUUAGCAUUACAUAUAAUAAAGAAAUCAGGCCAGGGAUUAUCAUACUCAAUCCAUACUUCAACUAUUCAUUUUAUUGAUGAAUCACUCCCAUUUCACGAAGACGGAGACAUCGCAUUAAAACAACGGAGCAAUUCCGCAGUGCAUAUUAAACUUUCAAAGCAUAUGGCUCAAUGAGGUUUAGACUUCCUGACCAUGUUUAAAUUGUAAGAAAUUGUUCAUUGGUUUGGACU